UUUUGUACCCAGACCAGGAAAUCAGGAGAAGAUCUACAGGGGACCGAAGCCUACAAUCCCCKCUUUUAUACAUGACGAUCCCAGAGAAUUCUCCAGACUUAAAAUAGCUCUGGACAARCUUCUACCAAGUGAUGCCACAGAACGGUUCAAGUAUCAAAUAUUGGUUGACCARCUCAAGCUAGAGGAUGCAUUACUCAUUGCAGAUUCCUACAGCAACUCAGUCUCCCCCUAUAGUGAUACCAUGGCGGCACUCACAGCACAGUACGGGCAGCCUCAUCAGCUCGCUUUAAAAAGAAUUGCAGAGUUAAUGGAUGGAGCUAAUGUCAGAGACAYUGAUACUGCAUCUUUUCGCAGAUUUGCUCUAAAAGUGCGAGCUCUUGUUGGAAUGCUGGAUCAACUGGGACAGAAUGGACGAAUCGAACUGACUUGUGGUUCUCACGUCACUCGACUCACAUCGAAAUUACCACGUCUUAAGAACUAAUUUUCGUCACUAUGCUCUUUCUCAGCACAUACAAGUACCCACACUGUACGAUUUCUCGGACUGGUUGGAAUUUGAAGUCCAGGUACAGGAKAGUGAAAUAGUAAUGUCAGGUUCCAGAGAGAGACCAUUCAGACAGAGGGAGCGACAAGAGAAGCAAUCACAUCCAAAGUCCUCUACUGUUUUACUCAGCACAGGACCUAGGACCACAGCUGCCACCCCUCCACAGACAUGUUCUAUUUCCACAGAGUCAUCCCCAGCUAGUCAGAAAUCUAAGUUGUACUGCCCAUAUUGCAAUAACAACCAACAUCUUCUGAAUCAAUGCACAAACUUCAGUAAUCUCACUAAAGAUCAGAGAGAAGUGUGGAUUCAGAGCAACAGAAAAUGCUGGAAAUGUGGAAGGAAUCAUCAAGCUGCUCAGUGUAAGCUGAAAGCCAGAUGUAGUACAUGCAAUGGCAGACACUUGGAAGCCCUUCAUGAUGUAAAUGCAAGACCAGUAAAAGAGGAGACUCCUCCACACUCAUCUAGUGAGGUUUUGUAUGUGGACCGACCAACAGCUUUCAGCCAUGUACUACACAAGAUGAGUAAGGUCAUCUUGCGGAAUGGCAACCAUAAUGUGGAGACAUUUGCCAUUUUGGACGACGGUUCUGAAAGAACCAUUCUUCUYUCUGCUGCAGCACAGCAACUUAAACUCCAUGGUAAUCAUGAGGAUUUAGCCUUGAAGACAGUCAGACAAGACAUUCGAGUUGUCCAAGGCGAGUCAGUUUCCUUUACAGUCUCACCAGCUUCAAAUCCCAAGAAAAGGUAUGAAAUAACAGGAGCCUUUACAGCAGAGCAUUUAGGCUUAGCAGAACAUUCACACCCAGUUGCCACRUUACAAAGUAAAUAUGCUCACCUGAAGAACCUCCCCCUCACUUCAUUCCAUCAAGUGAAGCCACUCCUCUUGAUAGGUUCAGACUAUCCACAUUUAAUCACACCAAUCGAYCCUGUAAGACUUGGACCCCCUGGUGGUCCUGCGGCUAUUAAAACCAGACUGGGAUGGACUCUACAGGGUCCUACAAGCUUGUUAAAAGAGCAGCUUCCCACACAGGUUCAGUGCCUUUUCACAUCCACACGCUCUACAGACUCUGACUUGAUGAAGAAUGUGCAACAACUCUGGCAAUUGGAUGUGCUGCCCUUCAGAAAUGAAAAGGUGAUUAUGCGAUCACAACAAGAUCAUCAGGCAGUUAUGCUUCUAGAUGAGAAAACUGCAAAGGUGACUGUCAACAGUGUUAACAGGUAUGCAACCCCGCUUCUUCGCAACAUAAAUAUGCCCACAUUGCAUGCUGCUAAAGAAACUGUUUUGCCACUGUUAAGACACACAAAGGAAAAUACAACACCUUACGAAGAAGUAAGGAGGGUUGUGGAGAACAACUUCUACAUUGACAACUGCUUGUAUAGUCUGAGUUCUAAGGAAAAGGCAAAGGAGUUAGUUGACAGGCUUCAGUCACUACUUCUCUCUGGAGGGUUUGAACUCAGACAAUGGGCAAGUAGUGUCCCUGAAGUUAUAGCUCAUCUUCCAGAMGAAGCCAGAAGUGGCAGCAACGAGCAAUGGUUGGCCCAGAACAAUCUAGAUCAGCAAGAAAUGGCACUCGGUCUGCGCUGGGAUUGUGAGAAAGAUGAGCUGGGUUACAGAUAUCGUUCAGUGCCAGAGAAAAGACCAACAAUGCGCUACAUUUACAAAGUUCUGGCAAAACAGUACGAUCCACUUGGUUUCAUUACACCCUUUACCACAAGAGCAAAGAUUAUUGUUCGACACUUAUGGGAUAAGCGUAGAGAGUGGGAUGACCCUCAUUUGCCUGAAGARCUCCUUAAGGCAUGGUACAAAUGGGAAGGAGAGCUGGAACACCUCCCCCGAAUAACCAUCCCACGGUGCUACAGUAGCCCUGAAACAGAUAUYCAGGACUGCAACAAGACUCUCCACAUAUUCUGCGAUGCAUCUGAACAAGCUUACGGCUCCGUCGCAUACCUUCGCACAGAGAAAGCAGACCGAAAUGUGGAAACAGCUUUUGUGAUGGCAAGAUCCAGAGUGGCCCCCAAGCGGCAGCAGAYCAUUCCAAGACUGGAACUCUGCGCUGCUCUGACUGGUGCACAAUUGGCAAAAAUGCUAAUCACUGAAUUGACCAUACCAGUACAAGAAGUUGUACUCUGGUGUGAUUCCACAACUGUGCUAAAAUGAAUCCAGUCAGACUCGUGCAGAUUUAAAGUUUUUGUCGGAACCAGAGUGGCUGAGAUCCAAGAACUCACCAGUUCUAUGAUCUGGCGAUAUGUAGACUCGCUUAAUAACUCGGCUGAUGACAUCACUCGGGGAAAAUCUCUGGAGUCCCUUAUCAACUCGAACAGGUGGAGURAGGGCCCAGCUUUUCUCUUGCUUUCACCAGACCACUGGCCUAGUCCUCCUGAAUUGAGGGAUGUGGAUGAGGGUGAACUGAAGACCGCAGCCUUCUGUGGAGCCACAAUGCAGAUUGCAAAUUCCAUAUCUGAUGCAGAUAAAGUAUGUUCCUUUCAAGAACUCAUCAAACGCACAGUGCUAUCUGCUAACGGGGCGGCUCCUUUCCAACAUCACCCCUCAGUGGACGACUACAAGGAUGCAGAGUUGACGAUUUUACAGCAGACUCAAAUGGACUGUUUUCCAGAUGAUUAUCAGCUGCUGCGAGCAGGAAAAACUGUGCCACCCUCAAGCAGACUUGRUAAACUGGCUCCAGAGUAUGACACAGAGAUUAAACUAAUCAGAGUUGGUGGACGUCUGCGACAUAGUGAAUACCUGGACACAGAAGAAAAGCAUCCCAUUUUGUUAGAUGGCAACCAUCCUGUCACUAAACUUAUCAUUAAACAGUUUGAUGAUAAGCUCCAUCACCCAGGGCAGGAAAGAGUGUUUUCUGAACUACGWAGACACUACUGGGUCAUCAAAGGAAGGGAAGCAGUCAAACGAAUUCAACGAGAAUGUCCACUCUGUCAAAGGUGGCGUGCAACACCAGUGCUCCCUCAGAUGGCUGAUCUCCCAGCAGCAAGGUUGCGCCUGUUAAAACCACCCUUUUACUCAUGUGGAGUUGAUUGCUUCGGACCAUUCCUUGUGAAGARUGGCAGGAGAAACGAAAAGAGAUGGGGUAUUCUUUUUAAGUGUCUCACAGCACGAGCAGUUCACAUUGACAUCCUCACAAACAUGACCUCUGAUUCAUUCUUYAUGGCUCUCAGGCGUUUUGUAUCAAGGCGAGGAAAACCAUCGGAAUUGCUCUCUGAUUGUGGGACAAACUUCAAAGGAGGUGAGCGAGAGCUACAUAAAGCCUUUCAGGAGAUGUGUCCUACAAUUCAAGACCACCUCUCCAAACAACAGAUAAUGUUCAGCUUCAACCCACCUGGUGCGCCUCAUUUUGGGGGAGUUUGGGAGCGUGAAGUACYAUCAAUCAAGUCAGCGCUAAGAGUAUCCCUUGCAGCUCAGACUGUCACUGAAGAAGUUUUCAGAACUGUGCUCAUUGAGGUCGAGGGGGUACUAKACUCCAAGCCACUGGGCUAUGUUUCGUCAGAUAUCGCAGACUUGGAUCCRGUAACUCCAAAUUACCUACUGAUGGGACGACGAGAUGCUUCAUUACCACAGGUAAUCUAUCCUGAAUCAGAUCUGUUAACCAGGAAACACUGGAAGCGCAGUCAGAUGAUUGCAGAACAGUUUUGGCAUCAUUUUAUAAGAAGUUACUUACCCACCUUACAGUCACGUCAGAAAUGGUCAACUAAYACAGAAAACCUUCAACUUGGAACAGUGGUAAUGAUACUUGACAAACAACUACCCAGAGCAUUAUGGCCUGUUGGAAAGGUUGUAAAACUUCUACCAGGACAAGAUGGAACUGUUCGAACAGCCGAAGUACAAAUUAAAGACAAGACUUACAUCAGACCAGUGGCACGACUUGUGCGUCUUCCAGCCAUUCCAGAGACUGACGAUAAGAAUGAGAAGUCAUAACUUGGAUUUCUCCAUUUUCUGUUAUUCAAAUUUGUAAGACAAAUUUGGGGGCGGCUGUUGAAAAUAGACUAUUGUAACGAUGUGUAUAUCACUUUAAGAGCUCAGRAAGCUGUCUGAGUAAUGUCUGCUGUGAUUGGCUCAUUGGAAUUUCAGGCUACCAAUAGCUGUUACUGCUGUUGGAGCACAUGUUCAGUGUUGGAUAAUUAGAAGUUCACUAGUAAUCGACAGAGAUCAUUAAAGCUGUUUGUUUUAAGAUUGUUCAAGAGCCUGGGAGCGUGUCAAUGKAUAAAAGUAAGUUCCAUUAGUAUCUAGGUAGGAUUUGGGUAUGUGUGUAACUUAAGUAUAUAUACGUUUGGCAAUUUAAAGAGUUAAUAUUAUGACAAUGUGUUUGUGAAUCAUUUGUAGUCUCUUGUUGCUAUCUGCUGGACAAAUUGGGAAUAACUAUUUGGUGUGAGUAAAUAGCUUUCAUUUUAUUUGUUUUCUGUAUUUCUUGUAGACCACUCUCAGCUCUAUUAAAGAAAGUUUGGACCUGCAA